UUUGAGCUAUCUUAAGCUAUACUAGCAGCAGCAGCAGCUCUGCUCUCACCUAGCUACCAAGCUAACUACUACCACACUUCUGCUUCUCUUUCUCUUCUUCUCUCUAUCUUUUCUCAAGCUGUGUAUAUGUAUAUCUCUCUCUAUUCAAUUGGGCUGUCAGGCUUCGUGAGCCAGCUGCAGCUGUGCCUGUGAUUGUGUUUGUGAGAGAGAUAGAGAAAGGAGAAAGAAUUAAGAGGGCGAGAGAGCUGCUGCUACAGAGAGGAAGAUGAUGUCGUCGAGGGAACGCAAGAAAGCGGCGGCGCUACAGGAGAAGCUGCAAAUCCUCCGCUCCAUCACUCACUCCCACGCUCUGAGCAACACGUCCAUCAUCGUGGACGCGUCCAAGUACAUCAAGGAGCUGAAGCAGAAGGUCGUGAGGCUGAACCAGGAGAUCGCUUGCGCGCAAGACGCUCUCAGACAAAAUCGGGUGACCGUGGAAACCCUAGGACACGGGUUCCUCGUCAACGUCUUCUCCGGCAAGAGCUGCCCGGGCCUCCUCGUCUCCAUCCUCGAGGCCUUCGACGAGCUCGGCCUCAGCGUCCUCGAGGCCACGGCGUCCUGCGCCGACACCUUCCGCCUAGAGGCCAUUGGUGGCGAGAACCUGGUGGAGAAGGUGGACGAGCACGUCGUGAAGCAGGCCGUCCUGCGGGCCAUCAGGAGCUGCUCCGGAGAUCACCACGACGACGAGGAGGAGGACGACGAGUAAGCAUGCACAGAAGCGGAGAAGCUAGCCCUUCCUGGCUACACAUAUCCGCCGUUUUGUUGUCCUCGCCGCCGGGCAUGGCUGAUCGAUCGCAACAAUUUGCUCGAUUAAUCUGUUCUGUUCUUUCUUUCUCCAUUUCCCCGGGCCUUCGAUUUCUUCCUUUCUCUGAUAUCUGCCUCCGUCGUCUACCCGCCGGCGGUGCAUGGUGAUGAGAUGCAUGCAUGCAUGGUAGGCUCCUAAAAUUAAGUUCGGUGAAACAAAGUACACCGAACCAUUUCCUGUGUAAUACUAGUACUGUUAGGGGAGCAUAUCAUCAAAAUUAUUUAUAUAUAUAUGUAGUCUAUGGCAAUAAGAUCAUGUAACAUAUGUGAUGGGAGGUUCGAUUCGAUCGAUCGGAAGCAAAGCUGAAUA